UGUUAUCACACGUGUUUAGCUGUGCGGAAUAUUCCACUGGAUAAUCCACGAUGACAUUCUGCUCUCGUGGAAAGCCCUGCCACUCAUCUUCGGGCAAAGUCAAACAAGUGAAAACUGUUUAAGUGCAACAUUGUUUGCUGUCGAAGUUUAAACUGGAACUGGCUCUACAGGCAUGGCGGGAGAAAAAUGGCGGCAUCAUUUGGACUACAUCAUCACUCUGCUGGGUUCCAGUAUAGGAUCAGGGGCAUUUAUCAAGUUUCCGUAUUUAUGUAUGCGGAAUGGUGGAGGAGCAUUUCUGAUACCAUUCGCCCUAUUCACCAUAAUCGCCGUCAUCCCCUGUGUCUUCCUGGACAUGGUCAUUGGUCAGUUCUCUCAGAGUGGACCAGUCAACGUCUGGAAUGUGUGUCCACCUUUCAAAGGAAUUGGUGUUGGUAUCUUGGUUCUACUAUGGAUCGUCUUUACACUUUACAACGCCAUAUUUUCCUGGUUUGCCUACUUCUUCUACAACUCCUUUUUCUCCACCCUGCCUUGGGCCCACUGCAACAACGACUGGAACACCCCCUCCUGUGUAUCCGACAGCGGCAUCAACGUGUCUUACGCGAACCACUCGGAAGUAAGAAACUGCACUGCCUAUAGCCAUCCUGUAAACCUCACCGACGGAGCGCAUUCUUGUAGGACAGCGGCAGAGGAAUUCUGGAGAUUGCAGGUGUUACAGUUGACUGAUGGUUUAGAAGACAUGGGUGGCGUCAGGUGGCCUCUGGUCCUGUGUCUGGCCAUCACAUACUUGAUUGUGUUUGUAUGCCAGUGUCGAGGAAUCAGGGUGACUGGAAAGCUUGUAUACGUCACGGUGGGCGUUCCGUUGGUCCUCAUCGUCGUCUUCCUCAUCAGGGGAUGUCUACUACCAGGAUCCGCUGAAGGAAUGCAUUACUUCAUCAAACCCAACUUCGAUAAACUUAGAGAACCAGGGAUAUGGGUGGAGGCAUGCAGUUAUGCAUUAUUUUCCUUGAAUGUGGGCAUGGGAUUUAAUAUAACCAUGUCGAGAUACAACAAGAUCAACAAUAACUGUUUAAGAGACGCAGUUUGUGUUUGUAUCGUGGAUUUGCUUGUUACUAUUUUGGUGGGAUUUUCCUUCUUUUCAAUCAUCGGUCACGUGGCCUACCAACGCGGUGUGACAGUGGAGGCUUUUGCAUCAUCAGGGUUCAACCUUGCUUUUAUUGUGUAUCCACAAGUCCUGACUUAUCUGCCCCUGCCACAGUUAUGGUCAACCUUGACAUUCAUCAUGCUGAUGACGCUGGAAAUAGAUUGUCAGUUGCCAGCCGUUGAAGUCAUAUCAUCAGCAUUUGAAGACGUGUUUCCAAGUCUUCGUAAGCGGCGGUGGCUCAUAACAGCUCUGGUCCUAUUGAGCAGUUUCCCCUUUGCCAUUAUCUACCUUCUACAGGGUGGAAUAUACAUGCUGACAUUGGUGGAAUGGUUCGCAUAUUUCCCAUCAGUUGCUGUCUUCGCCUUCUCGGAGUGCAUCGCGAUUGGAUGGCUCUACGGCACAACAAGACUUCAAGCGGACGUCAUGCUGAUGUGGGGGAAGACGAUUCCUCGGCCUAUCACGUUGUCAAUCAAAUUUGCCUCUCCAUUGCUCCUACUGAUCAUCUUGGGUUACUCCUUCGCCUCCUACCGCCCCCCUCAAUACGAGGACUACGUCUACCCUGCCUGGGCCACGGGGCUUGGAUGGAUGAUAUCUAUAGCUUCCAUUGUUCCCUUGCCCGCUCUCUUCGUCUGGGGAGUCUGGAAGACUCCAGGAAACACGCUCAUUCAGAAACUUCAACAGUCAGUGAAGCCAAAUAAACACUGGGAUCAGCAAGCUUUGGAUGCCCAGGCAAAGGAAAAUGAAUGCAGUUUAUAAAACAUCAUGUUCAACCAUCACAAAAACAAAAUGACUGUAGAUUCUGGAGUUUUCAUCACUUUGUGAAGUUAUUCCAGAAAUGUGAUGGGGACAUUCAUAUAGACUUGUACCCUCCCUUUGGCGUCUUUUCAUCUACACAAAGGACAGAUCAUGAACAGGAUAGGAGCUAAAUGUAGACUGUAGGAUAUUUGUAAGCAUUUUGGGAAUCGAAAGUGACUCUUUGGCAUGACGAGCAGAACCUUUUCUUUUUGUCUGUGGCGGACAAUGACAACGAAUCAUCAGAAUGUAAUGGGUAUUUGAAACUGGUUUGUUACACCACAGCGAGUAUACCAACAUCGUAAAACGUUGCCGUUAUAAAUUCUCCCGAAAAUAGGGUACCGGAUCCAUUUUGUCCUGUAUCGAGGUGUGACGUCAUAAAUCUACCGACAAAAGUUCAAUCUGAAAAUGGUGGCCCUGAUCUUUUCUUGCACACCAUGGCCUAGAUUUUCGAAGCUCUCUUAGCGAUAAGAUGGUCGUAAGUGCCAUACAUUGGCAUUAACUUACGACUAUCUUAGAGCUAAGAGAGCUUCGAAAAUCUAGGUCCAUGUGUGUUUCCGAUUGGCUCAAUUGUCUGAGGCGCCUAAAUUAGCUGUGCAGAGUUGCGUCCCUUGGACCUGCCAGGAACCUAUGAUUGUGGGUUGUGUUUUUAUUGUUUUUCUUUACUAGAAAAUGUCUAAAAAUUAUUUAUUCACUUGUUUAUAACAAAAUUAUAUAUCAAACACUGGACAAGCUGUAUGUUCUGAAUAAAUUGUAAAAAGUCAA